CCUUUCUCUUGAAUGAUUCAAGUUUUAUAGUGGCAAACUGCCGAAUACUUAGUGUCAGUAAAUAACUUGUUUUGUUUUACUUUGUCGAGGUGAAUUUUGAUGCCAGAAAUUCCCACACCAAAUGCACAUAAUCCGAUUAAAGUUGCCAUUAAAUCGGAUGCAAUACGGCCGCAAUACGGAUACAGAUACGAUGGUCUAGUAUACACUGUUGAAAAAUAUUGGCAAUGCGUAGGGAAAUCUGGGUUUAAAGUUUACAAAUUUGCUUUGAGAAGGUGCCCCGAUCAACCCCCACCACCCUGGGUCUCUGGUGUCGUAUCUUACGCUAAUGUCGCGAGUUCGGCCGAAGAAGAUGGUGAAGACAUGGACGAUGACGAUGCCGACGAACAGAAACCUACCGUCCUUAAAGUGAAAUUAUUUAACAAGUGAAUGUCGCUCAUAUUCAACCUUCUUUUAAUAAAAGUUUAGUAUAUUUAUGUGAUGCGGCAGUAAGUUUAUUCCUGUUUGACUGCGUAUUUUUAUCCUGGAGUGGUCACUUUAAAACGUGUAUUAACGAAUGAUGGCAGAUUGUGAAAUAUAAAAAUUGCAUCUUUUUUUU